AUGGAUAGAGCUAAAAAAAUGAGCGCUGAACGAUCUUAUGGAGAUCUCAGUUAUGAUCAGGAGGAAAAGUCUGCGUUGCUUUGGGCUCUUGGUGUCGGCACCUUCAUUGGAGUUUGGCCGUUUAAUUUUUUGUAUCUUCAUUAUGGUGCCCGGCUGGUCUUUUUCGGUGCCGGUUUGUUGUCUGCGCUUUCCACUGUUGUCAUACCAAUUGCCGCGUACAUGGGCCUUGGCUGGUUUAUUGCAGCUAGGAUUGUUCAAAGUCAGCUCUCACAUGAGUAUAUGCGUUUUACGUUACGGAAGCGAAGCUUACAAAAGAAGAAGCUACAGAUCCGGAUGAGACGAAAAAAUUGA